UACAAUUGAAAAUAAAAUUUCUCAAUUUUAGAGCAUAAAAGAUAAAGUUUGCUACAACCUAAAGCACACAUAUUCCGAGCACAACAAAGUUUGCAAUAACUGAAAAGAAAGCAGGCAUAUUCCAGUGCAACUCCUGCAGGAUAACAAAAGCAAGAAGCAAUGCAAACUGGGAAAUCUCCACCCCCUGUGAAAUGGAUACAUUUCGCGCAGUUUCUGCUGCUUGCUGACUGGCUUUUGUCUCUGCUGCCUGUGAAGAGAAGAGUGCACGCACGAGUUGGAUCACUUAACAAAAGCAACAUAUGAAAGUGCACAUGCAAAAUUAUUGCAAGAGGAACGUAGACAUACUGACGUAAGUACAGAGCCUGAGUGUUUGGACAGUAUGGGCCGGGGGAAGCGAAAAAAGCGGCCAGUUGUCAUGUCCAGCGAAGAUGAGGAGAAUGAUGACAUCCAUCCUCUUCCUCCUCCACCCGGGGCUCUGCGAAUGCCUCCACCUCUCCCUCCUCCACCUGGGGCUCUGCGAACGCCUCCACCUCUCCCUCCUCCACCCGGGGCUCUGCGAACGCCUCCACCUCUUCCUCCUCCACCCGGGGCUCUGCGAACGCCUCCACCUCUUCCUCCUCCACCCGGGGCUCUGCGAACGCCUCCACCUCUUCAGCGUGCACCCGGGGCUCUGCGAACGCCUGCAGAGACGCCUGCAGCUGCCGAGUCUUUCAUCCCAAGACAAAAUAUUCGGGAUGGCAUGUUUCGGCGUAUUUUGAGACUACUGGAGGACCUGAAAGACACUCAAGUGGAACAUGGGAGAAUUCUCCAGGCCCUCGUGCAAAAUCGUCAAAACAUGCCUGACCUAAUUCGCACCACUCCUGAAGGUUUCCCCCUAAAGACAAUUACUGAUCUAAUUUCCAUGGAGGAGAAACUGCAAGACCCCACCUUCAUGGCAGAACUGAUUGCAGCUGUGGCUGACAUUGGAGGGGCCACUGUUGACGGGGCCACCCGCCGUAUGAUGGCCUUCCUCCUUGAACACAAGUUUUCAAGAGGGUUCAACUUCUUGGGAAGAAAUGGCAAGAGGGGCUUCAAGCCCCUCAAGCUGUUUGAAGUCGUUUAUGGAGCCUUGAAGAAGAACACGAUGACUCGUACCAUCACAAGGAAGGAUGCGGAGAAGGCAGUCUCCAAAUGGCUCAUUGGGGCUAGGGACGGGGGGGGGGAAUAG